AUGUGUCCAGUGGAUCUAAUGGGUCUUUACUCAUUGUCUGGAUACGUGGGUUCCUUAGCCGAGGAUACCAACUCAAGUACUCCUGGUGGACUUUCACGACGAGACACCUGUGACAUGGCCGAGCAUUGUGCCGACAUUUUACAGAAUUCUGUUAUGUUCGGAUUGUAUCUUUUAGACGUUUUCGUAUCACAAUUAACUUUAAAUAAAGAGGUGUACAUCGAUACCGGCGGAGCAACGCUUUUCGUGAAAGUUGUCUUUCUUAAUUUUCCGCCAACAGAAAUUAAGGAACGCAAACGAUCUCGCAAUGAGGACGAUAAUCUUUUCAUUUACAAAUUCAAUAAUGGCCAGUCUAUUCAUUUCUCGAUGUCUUCUGAGGAAUUGGUCAUGAAGAUGAAGAGAGUUCCGUUAUCAAUUGGAGUUUUCAAUGUGGAGGACAGUUUUCCUGUCUGUUAUCUUCAAACGCAUCUCAGCGGAUGUGCUUGCGACUUAGGUUCCCAACGUAUUGAAAAUCCAUCGUCUUUUAAGUUUAGAGGACCAUUUGAACUCAGAGAUUCUGGACACAGUUUCGCCGGCGAGGUAGAUCUUGAUAUAACAAUUUCAAAUUUAGGAAGAUGCUUGUUAACAUAUACCGCUCUCGCGCCCAACUGCUUCUUCUUCAAAACCGAGCCCGAGGGGCCCGAGUAUAAAUGCAACUUUAAAGAGUCGUCGAAGAAAUCGACAGGAAUGCUGGGAUCAUACGCGAGUAAUUUAGCAAAUAACGGAAAUCAGAAGAUGAAAGGUGAUACCCGUUCACCGGGAAUUUCGAUCAAAGAUAUCGCUGGAAUUUCUCCGGUGGCUAAUCGUCUUGCCGAAGGUAGUCCACCUCCUAAGCCUCCACGUGUUCCCUUGGAAGAUCCCUCGACAAAAAGAAAAUCAAAGAAAAAGAAAAGAAAGAAAAGAUAAAAUGAUGAAUUAU